UUUUCACAACAAAAUCAGCAUUCAACCUGAAUGUAUCAUCAAAUAAUUCAAAUGUCUCCAUUACAUGAUCAGGAAUUUCCUAUCGUUUCAGUUGUUUGUACUCUAAAUAACACUAUUAGUUGGGAUUUGGCUGCUAAGUCCACGCUGCCAUAUGUCAAGCCAAACAGAGCGGCACGCUUACACAAGAAGAAUAAGAAGAUCACCUCAGUGCUGCUUAAGACAUGACCGAGAUGCAACAUGUUCUGACUGAGGAGAGAUCCGAGGAGAAAAAUCACAACCAUCCGCCAUCAGAAUGAAGGUCCAGGUUCCAGUUCUCACCAUGUGGCAGAAAGUCCAAUUAUUCUACCAGGGGAUUCUGGAAAAUGGAGGAAAGUCUUUAUUUUUAGCACAUAGAUACAAAAGGACGGACAGCUGGCUGCUGGUCUACUCUCCUGUGCCAAUUAGCUGCAUCUUCCUGAGCUACCUGAUCAUUAUAUGGGUUGGGCCAAAGCUGAUGGCCAACAGGCAGCCAGUCAACCUUAAACUACUGCUCAUAGUUUACAACUUUGCCAUGGUCUGCCUGUCUGCCUACAUGUUCUAUGAGUUCACAGCCUCGUCCUGGUUGGCCAAAUACAGUCUGCUGUGCCAGCCAGUCAACUACAGCGACAGCCCACUGGCCAUGAGGAUGGCCAGAGUCUGCUGGUGGUUCUACUUCUCCAAAGUUAUCGAGCUCAGUGACACUAUUUUUUUCAUCCUGAGGAAGAAGAACAGUCAGUUGACCUUUCUGCACAUCUACCAUCACGCCACCAUGAUCUUCAACUGGUGGGCCGGGGUUAAAUAUGUGGCUGGGGGCCAGUCUUUCCUGAUAGGUCUGAUUAACUCCCUCGUCCAUGUGGUGAUGUAUCUGUACUACGGUUUGGCAGCUCUGGGACCAAGUAUGACCAAAUAUUUGUGGUGGAAACGAUACCUCACCUCCCUGCAGCUGCUCCAGUUUUUCAUAGUUACCAUCCACACCACCUACAACCUGUUUGCAGACUGCGACUUCCCCGACUCCAUGAACAUCGUCGUGUUCGCCUAUUCUCUCAGUCUCAUCGCGCUCUUCAGUAACUUCUACUAUCGUAGCUACCUUGUCCAGAAGAGGACCAAAGAAACUUAGAGAUGCAAAAGAGGAAGAAGAAAAGUGGAAAGAGAAGCUGUGAGAUAAAGGGUUGAAAUCCAGGGAAGUAGGACAGAAAGUGUGGACAGCAACUCCUGCUUUUAUGUUAUGUUAAUUACUAUGUAAAAAAAAAAAUUAACAUACAUUUGAUGUGAAAACAGACAAAUGGAGCAAAUUUCUCAUUUUCAAUAAACAUUUUUCUAUGUGCAUGUA